AUGCUCCCCUCGCUGAAGGCUGCUUUAGUGCUCCUCUCCCUGCUGCAGCUCACUUCUUGCAGGCCGCUGGUGACCACCUCUGCCAAAGUAAAGCUGUCGGAGAUCACCUACCACAUCCACCAGUUCAACUCAGGAGUGCAGGUCCCCUGCAAUGACACCCGAGUGGCCCAGGUCCCCUUCACAGAUCAGACGCUGUCAGAGCAGGAGCGGCUGUGCCAGGCGGCCAUGGCACUCAUCAAAGUCACCAGAUGCAGGAAAGACUACGAGCCCCUCAUCAUCAACCUGCAGAGCCUGCAUGGCAAGAAGAACUGCUCCCUGAGCAACGAGAACGAGCUCUACCUGCGCAACUUCUUGCCGGAGCUGGGGAACUUCACGCAGGGGAUGUACAGGCGCCUGCCCACGGCAGCUGCACAAUUUAGAGCUUUCCGCUGUGUCUAUGGGAACGAGACCACCACCAGCAUCACUUUUAGGCACGGAGCCUCCCACCACCACCCAUCCCAGAGCCGUGGGGUGGCUCUGGGCAUCCCGGCAAGGAGCCGGGUCCCGUGGCCACCAUCCGCAGAGGCUACCGCCACCACGCAGGCCCGUACCCGGAGCGCGGUCGCUUAUCUGCUCCCCAUCGAGAGUGGCGCAGGUAUAGAUCACCAAAAUAUCCAGAAACUGCAAGCUCCAGGGGGUCGAUCCCAGCAGGCCAUGAGCAUCCCAGGCCCCAUCCUGCUCGCCUUCCUGGCGCUGUUGGUCUGCCAGGGCCACAGGGCUGCCCUGCUGCCCACCUCCAACUUGCUGAAGGAGAGCAUCAGGCGGCUGAGCACCCUCCUGGAGAUGAAGGUUUCCUGUGACAAGAUGAACGUGACCAAUGUUUUUGCAGGUGAUGAGAAAGCCAACGACACGGAGCUCCUGUGCAAAGCCACCAAAGUCACCUGGGAGAGCCGGAGCUGCCACAGGUACCUGGAGGACGUGUCCAUCAACCUGUUCCGCCUGGUCCACAGGAAGGGCGCAGGGAGCAUGGACUCAUGUCUCACGGCAACAGGGAACACUACAUCACUGAACAAUUUUCUGGUGGACUUACACAGAGUGCUCCAAAGAUUAGUAAAAGACCAGAGCUUGAAGUGA